AUGAAAAAAAUGGCAUCCGAUACACGCACUGAAAAAGAAAAGAUGCUGGCCGGUGAUUUGUACGAUGCAUACGUCCCAGAAUUAUUGAAUGAACGGUUGAGAUGUCGAGAACUUGUUCAUGAUUAUAAUUUAACUCGGCCAAGUGAAGAAAAACAACGCCAUGAAAUCUUGAAGAAAUUAUUCGGUACAUUGGGAGCCAAUUCAAUCAUUGAGACGCCGUUCAAAUGCGACUAUGGUUAUAAUAUACAUUGGGGCGAAAACUCAUUUGGUAACUAUAAUUUAGUCAUUCUUGAUACAUGUCCAGUUUACGUUGGUAAUUAUGUCUUAAUGGGUCCCGAUGUGAAAAUCUAUUCUGCGACGCAUCCAACUGAUCCACAAGCACGACUUGACGGAUCAGAAUACGGAAAGCCGAUCCGAAUUGGAAACAAUGUCUGGAUCGGUGGUAGUGUUGUGAUUGUUGCUGGUGUAACGAUUGGAGACAAUAGUGUGAUCGGUGCUGGUAGUGUUGUAGUCAAAGACAUCCCAGCGAAUGUUGUAGCUGUCGGAAAUCCUUGUAAAGUGAUUAAACAGUUGCAAGCACCGACACGGCCACCAAAACAGCUCCAACAAUUGACGUCGUACGAUCAAAAGAAGGAUAAUAAUGCUUAA